GAGCCGGUGGCCCGGCCAAGUUAGUCCUGGAGCCAGGCGGCUUCCUUGCAUCCAUGCCGCGGGGACGCCCAACCCUCCAGCCCUUGCUUUCCCAGGUUCCUGCCUGCAAAAGGAGUCCUUGGUCCCCCUGCACAGCAGUCACCAGGCAGUGGAAGAUCAGCUAAAGAUAUGUGGCUACAGGAGGGACGCUGAUGUCUUUGAGCUCUUCCUUUCUCAAAAGGAACUGACAGAGGUCAUUGAUCUUUCUAGGUUUAAAAAUUUAAAAUACUUAUGGCUUCAUCACAACAAGCUCCAGGGGAUAGCAUUUCUUACUAGAAACUAUUGUCUGACAGAGCUGUAUCUGAACAACAAUGCCAUCUUUGAGAUAGAAGGUCUGUACCAAAACCCUCUGUGUCAAUAUAACCUGUACCGUUUGUACAUCAUAUACCAUCUUCCAAGGGUGGAACUGCUGGACCGAAAAUAUGUCACAGAAAAAGAAAGAAGGUCCAUGAUUGCCAUUUUUGACCACAAAAAGGCUCAUGUCAUUCAAUCAAUAGCAUUUAGAGGGAAAGUCGACAGCUCGUGGAAUCCUAACCUACCCUUCAAGCAAAAGAGAACCCGGCGGCUACCUUCAGAUUUUGCAUUUGCUGAUAACGUGGACAAAACCAUGUUUGAGGACCCUGAAGACGCUGUGUUUGUGAGGGGCUUGAAGCGGUCGGUCAUGACUCUGAGCUCCAUGAACUGGGACACGGUUCCAACGCGAGAGGAGAAGUACCUCGAGGAGAAGGGCCCGGAGUCUGCCCGGAUGCUCACCCUGACUCUACGAUGAGCCUGGGCCUCCCUGGCUGCCAGUCUCCUACAGCAUCCUUGGAAACCUUCCCAAAGAUAA